AUGGAUACUAAAGAUGACACAGAUUUAUCUAAAGCUGUUCUAGAACCAGAGCAUCCAUUAUUAGCUCAGUUCCAAGAAGCCCUUAAAGAGUAUUUACUUUCUCAAAUAGAUCGUGCAAAAGAAGACAUUUUUGUAAUAGAGCAAGAUAUUACUUACAAAAACAAAGAAAUUGAAGCUGUAGGAGAAAGAACGUAUGAGAUGCAGCAAAUGGUAUGUAAGCAACACAAUCAACUUGAAACGUUGAUAAACGAUAUUAAGCUCAAAGAAUUGGAACAACAGAAAGAGGAGAAUAAUUUGAUAGAAAAUAAAAAAGUUCUGAAGGAGAUCGAGAAUAAACUGUUCCAAUCUGAGAAAGUUAAUAAAGAGCUUCAAGCUGAAACAAAAGCUGUAACGGAUUUGAAUAAUCAUCUCUUACGUUAUGGAAGUAAAUUUGAAACACAACUAAACGUGAAUAGAAGAAUUUUGGAGAAAGCUAGAAAAGACGACGAGCAACUCAAUAAGCAAAAGAUACGACAGGACUACAUGCUCCAUACUCUUGAAAAGGAAUUAUGGAAGCAUGAAGCGGAAUUAGAACAAAUACAUUUACAAGUGAGCACCAAACAGAGUGAAUUGGAUAAAUUAGAAGAAUUCGUAAUAACAGAGAACACUAACAUCGUAGCUAGACAAACUGAAUACAAGUGUUUGAUGUUAUCAUGGAAAGCAGCUUAUAACGCUGUAGGUGCUAGAUCUAAAAUCUUAGACGAAGUCUCUGGAAACCUCAAUAAAUUGAAUGAGAAAUACCGGGCUCUGAAAAUGGAAACUAUAGGAACUAAAAAAUUAUGUAAACUGGAAUUGGAAGAGAACGAAAAAUUAGUACACUUGAAAAAUAGAGCAGACCUGGACAUUAAGAAUAUAACUAGUCAAUUAGUUGAAGAAAAAUCGAAGAGGAUCGAAAUAGAGAGUAAGCUGUUUGACUUGCAACGCGUUAUGCAAGAAACUGAAUCAGGACUAGAAGAAGUGAAACAGGAGGUCAAGCCAAAACAAAUACAACAAGAUAGAAUCUCGUCACGAAAAAAAGUAGAAACUACAUUAGCCGCAAUGCAGCAUAAAAAACAGGAGAUAAAUACGAUAUUAAUGGAGGUUGAAAACAGACACGCGAGUGUUGUAGCAGAUUCUGAAGAGCAAAAGAUUCAUAAUGAAAACCUUAAUUUCAAGUACAAUGAUUUAUGUAUGCAAUUGGAUAAAUUGGAAAAGGAAGCAGGUCAAGUGAAAUCUCAGAAGGAGAAAUACGAGUUCCGAUAUAGAAAACUACAGAAGACAUUUGCGGCAAAAACAAUUCAAUUAGAGAGGUUGACAGCUUCACGAAAUGUUGAAUUAGGUUCGAAAUCAGAUUUGAGGAUUGUUGAGCUCAACAAAGCAAUAGACGAUACACAAGAAUCUAUUAAGAAACUACAGUUAUUUUGGCUUCGUGAACAAAAUAAUAUUCUCAUUGUAUCUGGUGAACGACAGCAACAAAUUCAUAACAUCAAUUUGAGGAAGAAGGAAGUACUGAUUUUGGAACAAAAGAAUAUGAGAAUCGAUGAUGAAAUUCAACAAAUAAGACAAAAUGAGAAAAAAGUGUCGAAUGCAAUCGAUGCUCUCUCUACUAAAUCAAAAGUAUUAUCUGAAUACGUCUUCAAAACCCGAAACAAAAAGACAACUUUGGAUAAAACUACUACUUUGUUGCAGAGCCAAUACGAAUCGAAAUUAAAAGACUCAGAACUGCAGUUACUAGAGCUAGAGGCUGAAAUAGCACAAGCGGAAGAAGAAAAAUUAGUUCUAAGUAAAAAUUUGAUAGAAACAAAUAGAGAAGGAUUGGAAUGGGAGAAAAAAUUCCAAGAAGCUAGGAAUACGUAUUUGGAUAUCAAGAAUGAAAAAGGAGCUGGAGGAGAUACAAGUAAUUUGAAAAUACAAAUUCACAGAUUGAAUGUAAUAUAUUCUGAGCUCAAAAAAGUACAGGAAAAGCUACUCUGCAACCUCAAGCAUUGUAUAUCUAGGAGAGAAUCAAUAUUUUUCGUAUCAGAAGCAAAAGAAUCGAAAGAUGCUGCAAUGAAAAGAAUCCCAGGUAGUAAAAUGCGGAUGAAUAUUCUUAAAAAAAUAGAUAACAUAAGGAACCAAAUUAAACAGUCAGAUAAUGAAACAGAAACAAUUAAAAAAUCGAUCUUAUCAGUACAACAACAAAUACUAGAAGCUGAAAGAAAUUUGCAAGAUACAAUUAAGGGUAGGAGCGAUAGAGAAAAUCGGGUACUACACCUACAAAAUCAAUUAGAAUCAGCCAAAACGAACAGACAAUUCAAAUUUGAAAUACUCCUCCUAAAGCAACGACGAGCAGUUAUGUACAAGCAGAUAGUCAAACAACAAAAACCACAUUUAAAAUAUAAUGAUGAAGAUGAUCUGAUAAAUGAAUAUAAGUAUCAAAAAAAUCAAAAUAAGAAGUUGAUGAAAAUAUUAGAAUACAUAACAAGGGAUUUUCCUUCGAAGAUAACUGUUCUGAAUAGAUUAUAUAACAGUUUGGGAAUAGUUCAAGGAUCUAUAUAUACGUAG